UGAAAAUUGAAAUUUGUAAACAAAUUUAAUGUCUUGUCUGGUCUUGUAGUUAUUUUUAGAUUUUUAAUACCUAAUGCCUAAAAAAAGUAGUAUUUAUAUUUUUUAAAAAAUGUACUCAAAAUGAUGUAUUCCUAAGUGUCUUCGAACGUAGUUUGAGGAAAUUCCGGGAUGUGCAACCUUUUUUGGUUUCGGAUCUUGAAUACUCAUAAUCAACAUCAACAUGCAUCAGUUACAGAAGAAAUAAAAUGAUUAAUUAAAGUCGUCAUAGGCUCUAAAUAGAAUUAACUACAAGUCCGUCUAACCUAACGAUGUCGCAUCCUUCAAAUUUUAUCAAUACAGCAAUAAUGGAAGAAACUGCUACCCUAUCGACUGAUGAUGAAGCCAACCAACUAUUGGAAAAUGGUAUUCUGCUGGAAACCAAUAAAGGGUUUGUCUGCAUGUCCUUGAAUGAAGCAAUAUCCUCAAAUUUAAAUCUUUCACCUGAAACGCUGCGUGAAGUUGCUGCACAGUUGCUAUUCGAACAGAAUUUGAAAACUGCUAGUAGUGCUACUGCCAGCAGAAUGGCUCCCAAUUUUAGAGUGACUUGUGAUAGUGAUGGGGGCUUUUCGAGUGAAUGUAGUGAUAGUAUGUAUACCACUACUGGUACACCAGUUUAUCCUUCGUGUACAACAUUUGCUUCUACAUCUAAUGUCCUACAAUUACCAAAGGACACAGAAAAAUCCAGUGAAGAAUCAGAUUCAACAAGAGGCAGCAUGUCAAGUUCGAAUUUGUUAAGUUGUGAUGGUUAUCUAUCACCCCAUCAAGUACUUCUUAAAAAGAAAGGUAGAGGUGGCUGGCCUAAGGGUCGCAAACGGAAGCCUGAACUUUUAAAUUUGCCACCUAAAGCUCCAGCUACUGGAUAUAAUUUGUAUUUAAAUGAACAGAGGAGCUUUUAUAAAAGCAGUAGCUUACAAUUUUAUGAAAUAACCAAAAUAGUAGGUAAUAAAUGGUCUAGUUUGACUUUGGAAGAAAAAAAGCCUUAUUUGGAUAAAGCGGAGGAAGAUAAAAAAAGAUAUCGAGAGGAAUUGAAACAAUACAGGCAAUCUGAGGCUUACAUGCUUUAUUUGAACAAGAAAAGGAUGAAACGGCUUCAGAAUAAUGUUCUUUCAGAGAGUGAUAUGGAUGCGACUGAUGAUUUUGAUGAAGAAGAUAAUGAAGAACUCUACUGCCGUACUUGUGAUCAAUGGUUCAAUAGUAUGCACAACAAAAAGGAACAUCUACAAGCAAAGAAGCAUUUAGCUUCAGUAGCAGGACAAAGGAACAGGGAAUCCUCAGAUAUUGAAUCCAGCACUACAUUGAAUGCAGAAUGUAGCACGGUCAGUAAUUCUUGGGAUGAAUCAAGCCUAGAAGGUUCAACUUUUAUUGCCAAUUCAAACAAUAGCUCUAGCCAGGGCUCUAACACUGCUGCAGUAUAUGAAGCUAUGUGUAACGUUGCCUCAUUGGUGCAAAAAAGAGAAAACGAAUUUAACUCGCUCAAAAACCGUCAGCAGGAAUCUAUCCAGAUACAAAAAGCCCUCUUUCGUCAGCUUGGCCUAUUAACUGAAAGAGAAAGAAAGCUUCAAAAGGACCUUGAAAAGAAACAGAAAUUUCAAAAAGAACUGGAUAGUAAAAUUCAACAUCUAUGGCAGGUUCCCAGUUUGUUUACUAUGGCAAAGGAUGAAGAUGUCAUAACGACUGAUUUUUCAGAUGGUGCUAGUUAGAUUUAUGUUUUCAAACAACAAGCAACAUUGUGUUUUCAUUGAGAUUAUCUAGUUUAAUUGAAAAUAUGAAAACAUUAAGUUAAAGAAUAAGGUGAAUACAUAUUUUGUUAUUUCUUAAGCUUGGAAUAGAUUCCUUGCAAAGUUUAGUUAAACUACUUUUUAAGAAUUGGAUAUUGUUUUGUUUGUGAAGAGUAUUUUUUAAUGAGGUUAAUAAAGAAUGUUGUAGAUAAAUACA